GACACGGAGGUGGACAAUAAGGAACACAUUUUGGUGGACAAUGACCACAAGAUAUAGGUGGUGUACAUAUUGUAAUCCUACAUGGUGGUGGACAUGGUAAACAUGGCGGUGGACAGGGUGCACAUGGCACGCAUGGUGGACAAGGUGGGCAAGGUGAACAUGGCGGACAAGGUGCGCAUGGUGAACAAGGUGAACAAAAAACCAUGCGAAUGGGAUGAACCACCGUGUCCACCACCUACUUAUUGUCCAAUUACGAAUUGUUGUGAUCCUUGUUGCGAGCCUGUCAAACGGUGUAAAAGCUAUAAUCUUCGUGCAAGUAUAAUGUAUCGAUGCGAGUGUAUCAGGAGGAAUGGAUUACAAGAUAGAUGCAUGAUGUGGGAUUGUAUGGGUCGACCGGAAUGUAUGACAAAACUAUAUCCAGUUUGUGGACCUGGAACUAGCGCCCUUCUGAAGCUAACAGAUUUAGGAGAUAUAAGUGUAGCUCUUAAGAAGUUUCAUUGUGCAGAUCAAGCAAGAGAAUCUGCAUUAGCGGCAUAUUGCAGACUUGUUUGCAAUAACGCUUGUCCAUCACCUGUUUGCCCUCCACCAUGUAUAAGUUGCUGCUCACCUCCCUCUUGUUAUGCACCUUGUCCACCAUGUCCACCAUGUCCACCUUGUCCACCUUGUCCACCUUGUCCACCUUGUCCACCUUGUCCACCUUGUCCACCUUGUCCACCUUGUAAUCCUUGCGACCCCUGUGCCCCUUGUGGUCCUUGUGCCCCUUGUGGUCCUUGUGCCCCUUGUGGUCCUUGUGGUCCUUGUGCCCCUUGUGGUCCUUGUGCCCCUUGUGGUCCUUGUGCCCCUUGUGGUCCUUGUGCCCCUUGUGGUCCUUGUGCCCCUUGUGGUCCUUGUGCCCCUUGUGGUCCUUGUGCCCCUUGUGGUCCUUGUGCCCCUUGUGGUCCUUGUGUCCCUUGUGGUCCUUGUGCCCCUUGUGGUCCUUGUGGUCCUUGCGGUCCCUGUGAUCCGUGUGUUCCAUGCGUACCAUGUCCACCGCCAUGUCCACCGCCAUGUCCACCACCCUGUUUGCCUUGCAUGCCAUGCUGUGCACCAUGUUAAACAGUCAUAUAUGUAGAUAUGUAUUUUAUAUUAUCCCAUGUCAAUUUCAAUAUAAAAGAUUACGUAUUA